GAAGAGCUACAGUGUCUCGGGAUUGUAGCUGAAACUACCGGAUUAUAUUCUUUUUUUCUACAUUAUUUAUAUUCUUAGUCGAUAUUACCAUGGCAGACACAAAGGUCGAUUCCGCGACGGAAAUCUCCGCCAAGGACCUGAAGGAGAAGAAGCUCCUUGAAGAGAAGGAAAACGGAAAGGAGGCCACUAAUGGAAAGGAAAAUGAGGAGAAUGGAGAGCCUGAGAUUGAUGAGGAUGAGGAGGAUGAAGUAGAUGAAGAAGAGGAGGAGGAAGACGGAGAAGGAGAUGAAGAUGAGGAGGAUGAAGAUGAUGAUGAUGAUCUGGGCGGUGGAACGAAACGAGGGGCUGAUGAGGAUGAUGAAGAUGAAGAGGAUGAGAUCGACCCCAAAAAACAGAAGACGGACGACGACGAUUAAAGGAUUGUUGGAUGCUGCGGUUCCAGUGUAGAGCCAGUGUUUGUUGGAGCCAGUGGCAUAAAGGACUGAAAUACAUCAAACAUGGUCAUUUCACUCGCCCACGUUCAACCCACUAAUCCCAAGGCAAAUUUUUUUAAAAGGGAAAAGUCCACCGCCCAAGACCCAAGCAUCCUGGCGAAAUACACAAGAUGAAAAUUUGUUUGUAUUUUUAUUUACAUUUUAUAUUUUUGUACAUAUUGAGAGAUCGCUCACUUGAUCUCCUGUGACCAAAAUGGUGCUUCUUUAUGAAAUUUUACUUGUUUGACCAAGUCUCCCAAACAUCAGUAAAACAGAAGCAUGUAUAAAACCAACAGGCAUUUAACUCCAAGCAUUCCAGUCAGAUUUUAUGUAUGAACUUUAGUUGUACCAUAUACUGUUUGUUUUUGUUUGUAUGGGAGGGCUAGGCCAAAGAAAUGGAGUUGCUUUUCUUUUUUUUUUGGUUCAUUUUGUUUGCAUAUUCUGUUUUACCUUGGCCUGUCUGUGUGAAGUUUGUUCUACAAUAAACCUGACUUUUAUUUUGUGA